AUGGGUGGAUUUUUCUUCUUAUACGGUCAAGGUGGUUGUGAAAAAAUAUUUUUAUGGUCAACUAUAUCGUGCUCAAUUAGGUCUAAAGGAGGGAAGUCCUCUUGCAAGGUUAAUAUCCAAGCUAAGGCCAAAUUAAUCACAUGGGAUGAAGCUCCAAUGAUAAAUGGUGAAUCGAUCGUUCAUAUACCAUCUGACAUUUUGAUUAAGAACUCUGAGACAGUUUUGGAUGACCUCAUUGAUUUCGUGUAUCCAAAUAUGUUAUCCAAUUUAUCCGUUGAAAUUUAUUUCAAGGAUAGAGCAAUUCUUGCACCAACUUUGGAUUUUUGUGUCACUGAUGUCAACAACAAGAUGACUGCAGGGCUACCUGGACAAGAAAUAGUCUACUUAAGUUCAGACUCUGUGUGUGCUGAAGAGGGAAAUAUGGAACUUGAGUUAGAUGCUUUCUCGCCGGAGAUUCUAAAUGGAAUAAAUUGUUCAGGUCUACCACCACACAAGUUGGUUCUAAAGGUUGGCGCUCCUGUUAUGUUGCUGCGGAAUAUAGACCAAACUAAUGGUUUGUGCAAUGGAACGAGGAUGCAAGUUAGAAGAAUGGAAAAUCAUGUGAUAGAAUGCAAGACUUUAACUAGUAACAAAGUUAGAAGUAUUGUUCUUAUCCCAAGAGUGAAUCUAAUUCCAAAUAAUGAAACAUUGCCGGUCAGGUUUCAAAGAAAACAAUUCCCAAUUAUCAUGUCAUUUGCAAUGAUAAUAAAUAAGUCCCAUGGACAAACUCUAUUGAAACUUCCAAGGCCAGUUUUCACCCAUGGUCAAUUGUUUGUUACGUUAUCAAGGGUAACGAGUAUAGAUGGUCUGCGAGUGCUGUUCCAAGAUCAUGGACACUUGGAAGAUAACUGCAUGAUGAAUGUGGUAUAUAGAGAAGUUUUUGAGAGCCUAUAA